AUGGAACUUUCGCUCAUUCGUAAAAUUUGUGACUUAACGCAUUUUUUCUUUCCUAUCAAAAGUAUUGGAGCCGAAAAAAGAAUUAAGAAAAGUGUAGAGGGUGGGCAGAUCCAAGAUCAGAAAGAAAAUGAUACUUGGCAUGGUGCUCCAAUAAUCAAUCUAUCUAUCUAUCUAUCUAUCUAUCUAUCUAUCUAUCUAUCUAUCUAUCUAUCUAUCUAUCAUGGCCUGGCUUCUUUCUGUCUUUUCUAUAAAUAUGUUCAUACAAGAAUUACUAUCAUCAAUUGCAUCCAAUUUUUCGAUCAUUAUUCGGUAUUUUCUUUCGAUUAUUUUCUUAGUGGUGCUUUUUCUUCUUUCUGCUUUCAUUCCUUUAUUCGUUUUUCUUUACUUUCUUCCUUCUUUCAUUUUACUUUGCUUUCCUUCUUUCAUUCGUUUUUCUUUUCUUUCUUUCAUUCGGUUUUCUUUGGUUUUCUCCUUUCAUUCAUUUUCAUUUCCUCUCCUCCCUUCAUUCUUUUUUCUUUCCUUUCCUUCUUUCAUUUGUUUUUUGUUUGCUUUCCUCUCUUCAUUCGUUUUUUGUUUUUGCUUUAUUCUUUCAUUCGUUUUUCUUUCCUCUCCUUCUUUCCUUCAUUUUUCUUUGCGGUUCUUUUUCGUUCAUUUUCAUUCGUUUUUCUUUUGCUUUCCUUCCUGCAAUCAUUUUUCUUUGCUUUCCUUCCUCCAUUCAUUUUUUUUGCUUCACCUUUUCUUUUUCAUUCCAUCUUUCGUUUUUUGCAUUUACUUUUUCUCACUUUUUCGCUCUCGUUCAUUCGUUGGCCCUUUUUUUUUUUUAGCUCUCGCUUAUUCCUUAUUUUCUUUUUCUUUUAUUUGCUUGAUUUCCUAUAUUUAUUAAUUCACAACUUCCUUCAUUCUUUCAUCCUUUCUUUCCUUUUACUUUUUACUUAUUCACGUUUUGGCUGCUUUCAUUCUUUAUCUUUCUUAUUUCAUUCAGUUACAUUUCCUCUUUCAAUUACCUUUCAUCUCAGAUUAUUUUUUUUUCUUUCCUUUCGUUUUCUUGUGCGUAUUUCUCCUUCAUUCUUUCUCUCCUCUUGCAACUUCUGCUUGGCUGUCGUCAAUCCAUUUUAUGCUAGCGAAGCACCGAACUACUUUAUAUGCCAACCUAGACUUCUUCUGACGUCUUCAAAUAUGCAAAUGAACUCACCGUGA